UUAAAAAAAAAAAAAAACCAUGAUUAUCUCGGAGAUUCUCCUUGCGAACUUCCUUUCCUGUCUUCCUUCCCUUUCCUUUCCUUCACUCUACACCGGGUCUGGUGUCUUCACUGAACGAUACCGGCGCUCUGCGGCCUUCAAUCCUCUCAUCCUUUGAAAAACCCUGCUUUUGACCUUUCUUUCUCUUUGUGGGUAGGUGCUCAAAUCUAUUUUUUUUUGGCAGCUUGUAAGAAAAUCACUCGUAAUUUGUGCGAUCUUCGUAGAUUGAGGAGCAUAUUGUUUUGCUUGGAGGCUUGAAUAUGGCUAAUUUUUCUUCCUAGCAUCACAAAAACAUGUUCUCUUUCAGGAGCUUUUGGAGAAGGCACAAGAAGAAGAUUUUUGUUACAUUUGGAAUUGUUGGAAGUGGGUAUGUUGUAUACAAGCUAUAUGAUGGUCACCGACGCCGGCUUGCUGAACUGGAGUCGGACCUCGCUGCGCAACGGGAGAAUGAGGAAAGAAUUAAGGCCCAAAUGCAAGAUCAUUUUGAGACCAUUCAAAGAAUCGCGGACACAACAACAUUGCCUCGAGCUAUGCACUACUUAAGCAAUAGGAUAGAUGAGGAAUUAAAUCUUUUGGUGUUGACAGAGAGGCUAAAACAAGGAAAGGAUGUUUUGACCCUUCCUGAGAAACUGGAACUAUGGGAUAAACUCAAAGUACUGAGCUUCACCAAAAUGGUUUUGUCGCUCUGGUCGGUUACUAUGCUAAGCUUAUUUGUCCGAGUACAAGUGAACAUACUUGGAAGACAUAUGUACAUUGAUAUUGCAAGAUGUCAGGAAACCUCUCCCUUGCCUGUUGAUGAACAGAAUUUUUUGGCGAGGGCUGAUUUUCUGGCUAGCCAUGGAUUGCCUGCUUUAAUUUUCAAUAUGCAGGCUGCUGCAGCAGAAGUCCUGAAAAGUAAGCAGCUGAAAGACGUUUUUGAUUCCUCAAUACUUCAUGAAACUAUUGUUCAAAUACUUGACACGUUUAUGAGCAUGGGAAGGCCUCGUCAUUGGGUGGAAUACUUUAUGCCAGAUGAUGCUAAAUUACCCAACCUAACUCCAUCCGUGAGCAGUAACAAUCUAAUUCUUUCGGACGUGUCAAAAUUUGAUCAACUCAUGACAGAGACACAGACAGUUUUAUCAAGUGAUGAAUUUACAAAUGUAGUAGAAGUUUCAGUCAAAACGGUGGUGAAUGCAAUAGUGAAAGACAUUUUUGUUGAUCAGUCAGGUGCUGGUACACCCUCUUCAGGCGUUGCAUUGGUGAAACUAGUGCCACGAGUUGCACAAACAAGUCAGCUACUACUCGACGAACCUACUAGUAAUCAAUUUGUUCAAACGAUAAAAAAUAUACAGGAUGUUGAGUUGUUCUUCACCAUCCUUUAUGCAAAUGCCUUAACUGUGUAAGCAAUUCUGAGAUUGUACCAUUAAUAUUUGUCACCAGUCAGAUAGAUGAAAAUUGGUCCGAACAGUAACUGAAUUUGAUUUGGGAUUAAAAUUUAGAGAGGAAAUGCCUACCAUGGGGACUUUGUAUUUUGCGCACUA